ACAACACACAAAUCAAAUUUUCUUUUAUGGCUCCUUCACCACUCAUCAUGCUUGUGGCCAUUGCCACCAUCUUCCUCCCAUCCAUUGCUAUGGCCAAGGAAUUUGUAGUUGGUGAUAGUCAUGGAUGGACACUAGACUUUAAUUACUCAGCUUGGGCUGCUGAUAAGACCUUCCAAGUUGGCGACACUCUUAUAUUCAGGUAUGCUGUUGGAGAACACAACGUGUUCAAAGUGAACGGAACAUUAUUCCAGAGCUGCACAGUUCCUCCAGCGAGUGAAGCAUUGUCAACCGGAAGUGACCAUAUUGUAUUAGCAACUCCAGGCAGAAAAUGGUACAUAUGUGGUGUUGAGGGUCACUGCAAUGCUGGCCAAAAACUUGUUAUUACUGUUCAACAACCACAAACACUGCCUCCAACACCAUCACCUGCUGCUGUUCCUGCACCUUCACCUCUUCAUCAUCGCCGUCACUUUGGUGGAUGGGUGCCUAAGAAGUUAUUUAGAAUUUUUCAUUAAACUUCACUGUUGAUUUAACUAAGUUAUGAGCGAUUGAUGUUCUUUUAUAAGCUUUUGGGAGAGUGAUAUUAGUGCCUUGUUAGUACCGGAGGUACUCAGAAUAAAUUAUUAUUGUUUCUAGUUCAAAGUUCAAAU